GAGGCACAGCGUGGAGGCUGCACAUACACACAACAGCACGUUCGGGACAACAUGGCAAGGAUACCUCACCCCUGUGUGACCAUAUCAGCGUGCUUGGCAGGAGCUCUCCUACUGCUGCCGCUCUGCUUGGGUUACCAGUAUGAAUUUGACUAUGAUUCACCGGAGUACUCUGACAAUUCAUCAAUCGAGUACAGUUUCUUCAGCAAUGGCAGCACUGAGGAACUCGAGAAAUUUAUUUUGGGAGGAGGUACAGACACUGGAGGAGACACCAGCGUUACAGAAAAAGAUGAAAGUGUGCGAGAAGUUAAACCAACCGAGACAACUAUUUUGAAUCAGGCAUCUAGGUUGACGCCUGUAUAUUUACUUCUUACUCUGGUUAUGAUGGUUUAUCAACUGCUCAGACUACUAUAGAAGAAACUCAGCAUUUCAUAGAACACUAUCACACAUCUAAAGAGAAGUCCUGGACGAGGAAGAGCAGAUGGACAGAUAACCUGGACCUUCAGUACAGACGGACACACAUACAUGUGCACACCCACAAAGAGCUUAAAGACAAUAUCGAGUUGAAAGCAUCCAUGACCAACCAAGACAAUUUAAGCUGUUCAUGAAAAGACGCAUUGUUUCACCUUUUUGGUCGCAAAAUAAAACACAAAAAGCAUGCAGAUAUCACAGGUCACCUAGGCUUAAUGAAUGGAAAAGAUCAUGUGAAUAUGAAAUGGGGCUAAACUAAAAGACAGAUUAUUUUGUGUCUAUUUUGUCCAUUUCUGAUUCAUACCAAAAACCUGAAUAACAAAAACUUGAGAAAACAAGACUUCUCUGUCGUUUAAUGAAUGUAGAAAUUCAUAAACGUGCAAGCUAUUCAGUAGCUAUUCAGUAUCAUGUACAACAAUACAAAACGACAUGUCUCUGUUUUUGAGACUUUUGAUAUCUGUGCACAUCUGAUUGCCACGAAAAUUUCAAUCAUUUGGAAUGAAUUUUUCCAAUGUCUCAAAAUGUCAGACAAACAAUCAAAUCAGUAGACAUCAGGUUUAACAAUUGCCAAUUUCAUCUUUUUCAUAUAUAUUUAUCCUUCUAAUUCAUCUUAUGCUGUUGCAGAAACCCAUAAUUGUACUAUAAUUUCUAGCCUUACGGUAUCAUGACCUUUCAAAAUUGGCACUUUUCUUAACCACCCUGCACUUCUAAGCCUCACUCCUUCCUUCCUCCGUAAUCCAAUUUAGGAAACCAGCAAAAUGUAUUUGUAAUGGAUGUAUUAAUAUUAAAAAUGUUUGUAUUAGCAAUAAAUAAGAGAUAGUGGUCAACACCAAAAUGCACAUGAAUUUGUGAGCCAUUUUUUAUAUGUUGUUACAGAUACUGAAUAAAUAUUUUUUCAAGUAAC